GCUGUGCGUGGCUACUGCGUUUGUGUACGCGUACACGCGCAAGGCGGUGCCACUCACUGUAAUUAUGUCGCUGAGAGCUCCUCCUCCACCCAUUUCUUAAUCCCUUAUAUCCUCUAAUACCGCGUCGAACAUUUAGGCUAUACCCACUAAAGCUCCAGCUGCCGUCAACCAACAUAGUCUAUCAAAGUCCCUGUUGUGAAGCUCCUAGUUUGGGACAGCUUUUUAUUUCCCUCCGCUGACGUCUGAGAAGAGAGACAGUCAGCUGAUCAGCAUGGCCUCCUCUGACGAUACAGAGGGGUCCCUGACUCCUGUGGAUUUUAUCCAGCUGCAGCAUUACAUGGAAUACAGCAGUUUGAGGGUGAAAGAUGUGAUCAAGGAGUUUCAACCUGGGGGUCGGCUGGCCCAGUACAGCAACGGAGAGUGCGUCGAUGCAGUGGGUUUCUGUCUCUUUCUCAAGACCUACCUAGAAGUGGAUGACUUCCCUGCAGAUUUCUGCCAACGCCUUUUUAGGUAUUUUCAACAUGUGGAGCAUGGGUCCACAAAGAGCCAUCUGCCCAAAGGAGGUGGGGUCUUCCUUCGUGAUGUGUCCUGUUACUUCUCAGUGCUGGAGGAAGGGCAGCCACGGGAGAAGCUUGAAUUUACUUUCAAACUUUAUGAUAAAGACUGCAACAAACUCCUGGACAGCUCAGAGGUGGAUCGUAUCAUCACCCAGAUGAUGCGAGCUGCUGAUUACCUGGGCUGGGACGUGACUGAACUCAGACCAGUGCUCAAAGACAUGAUGACUGCAAUCGAUGUGGAUAACAGUGGGACUGUCACUCUGGAGGAAUGGGUGAAGGGAGGCAUGAACAACGUGCCUUUACUUGUUCUGCUUGGACUGAAGAUGACAGAGAGGGAUGGGCAGCAUAUUUGGAGGAUGAAGCACUUUAACAGGCCAACCUACUGCAGUGUGUGUCAGAGCAUGCUGCUCGGCCUCGGGAAGCAGGGACUCUGCUGCACCUGUUGCAAGUACACCGUCCACAGUCAGUGUGCCAACAAGAAUCCCGAACCCUGUGCUCGUACUUUUGUUAAAUCUAAACCGAAGAUUGGUUGUGGCAACUACAACUCACGAUCUGUGAUGGAUCACAACAGUGAACUGGCCAAGUUUCGUCAGCUGCUGCCGGAGGUAGCAGCUCACGACUGGAUCAGAGCUGACUGCAACUCCUCCAAGUGUCAGGUUUGCCACAAGAAGAUCAAAACUGUAGCGGGAAAACGUUGUGUGUGGUGCCAGGAGAUGCGUCACGAUGAGUGUCUUUUCUCUGGCUUGUCCUCCUGUGAUUGUGGGCAACUUAGAGAUCAUAUUCUGCCUCCGUGGGCCAUAUACGCUGUCUCAAAGGAGGAGGACACUAGCUUGUUAAACGUCACCCCUGAUGGCCACAUCCUGCAGAUUGUCACGAUUCCAGACACCCACCCUCUGCUGGUGUUUGUGAACCCAAAAAGUGGAGGGAAGCAGGGUCAACGAGUGCUCAGGAAGUUUCAGUACCUGCUGAACCCACGUCAAGUGUACAACCUCUCCAACGGAGGUCCUACACCAGGACUACACUUCUUCCGCAACCUGCGUGAAUACAGGAUCUUGGUGUGUGGAGGAGACGGCACCGUUGGGUGGCUACUGGAUGCUAUAGACAAAGAAAACUUGCCGGUGCAUCCUCCAAUAGCUGUACUGCCUCUGGGCACCGGGAAUGACCUGGCUCGCUGUCUUCGCUGGGGAGGAGGCUACGAUGGGUCAGACUUGAGAGAGAUCCUGAAGGAGAUCGAAGCUAGCCAGUUGGUUCUCAUGGACCGCUGGAGCAUCCAGGUGAUACCAGACGACCCCCAAGAGGCAGGAGACCCUGUGCCCUUCCAGAUCAUUAACAACUACUUCUCUAUUGGAGUGGAUGCCUCUAUCGCUCAUCGCUUCCACUCAAUGAGAGAGAAACACCCCCAGAGAUUCAACAGCAGAAUGAAGAACAAACUUUGGUAUUUUGAGUUUGCCACUACUGAGACCAUUUCUGCGUCAUGCAAGAAGUUGAAGGAGUGUCUAAUGAUUGAGUGCUGUGGGAGGACCCUGGACCUGAGCAGCAUGUCUCUGGAGGGUAUAGCUGUCCUCAACAUACCCAGCAUGCACGGAGGCUCCAACCUUUGGGGCGAGUCCAAGAAGCCUGAUAGUGUGCCAGAAUUGGAGAACAGUGAGGUUAUCACUGACCCUGACCUUUUAAAAACAAUCUCUCAAGAUAUGAGUGAUGAUCGUUUGGAAGUGGUGGGGCUGGAAGGAGCCAUAGAGAUGGGACAGAUCUACAGUGGACUGAAGAGAGCUGGGCACAGACUGGCACAGACUUCCCAAAUUACCAUCAGGACAAUCAAAGCCUUGCCCAUGCAAAUUGAUGGGGAGCCCUGGAUGCAGCCUCCAUGUACUAUCCACAUAACUCACAAGAACCAAGCUAACAUGCUGAUGGCUGCACCAACAAAACCAACCGGCUUCUUUCACCUCAAGUAAAUUAACGCUUCCACUACAUCCUCCAGUCUGCCGAAGGUCACAACAGAACAUCUAUAAUAUCUUUAAUGAUGCAGGAUGACGAUACUAAAAGGGAGCGUCCAUCGCUGAGUGUGUAACUGUGUUUUUCUAUUAUUAAGUAUUAUUGUGUAUGUCUUUUGCACUUUAAUCCCUUAUAUAAUUUUAAAGAAUUACAGACAGCUGCACUCAGGCAGAGACCACACUGAUAGGCCAAAUCAAAAGUGCAAAUUUCACUACUCAGUCUGAUCGCUGCUAUUGUGUGCCAACUUCAAUGCAAUGCAUCCUUUUGUUUUUCUGUAAAUAAAAAAGCAGAGAAUGUUUUACAGUAGACUGAUACAGAAUAUAUUUGAUUACUGUAUGUUGUGAGAGUUUUUUUUUGCUUAAUCAAAUUUACAAUAGUGUCUUGUAAAGUUUUAUCUGUACUUCCUAAUGCAGCUGGUGAUAAACUUGCUUAGUUCUGCCUUCAGACCCUCACAGCAGCUCACCCUUGAUCAACAACACUAUCCUACCUGUCUGUUCUUGUGUCUUUUACUAUUAGUUUUCAUCCAACUAAAAGAAAAAUAUACAAUGUAAUAAUUUCAGUGUUUUUUUGACUGACUUAGAUAGGUGGAGACAUUUUCUAAAAAACACUUGACUGACAAUAAAUGUGGCUACAUAAAGAUUUGAUCCACAGUGAGUCCUGAAAGUGCUGGGCGGAGGGGGUUUGACUGAGCUAUCCCAAAUUUUCCAAGUUCAGUG